AUGAACUAUAUCGUCGACAGGAUGUUAGCGGCCUUUAGAAAAACGAAUUUGCUGAAGACCGCAUUAGAAAUUGGCAAUCUGUCGUCGGUUAACCUAUUGCACAAAAGUCACGUCGCUAACAACAAGGGAAGCUGCGGUUGCGAGCCUCCGAAAGUCGCAGUGGUACUAUGCGGUUGCGGGGCACUAGACGGCACGGAAAUCUCGGAGACGAUCUCCGCAGCCAUCCACCUCAGCGGCAAGAAUUUGCAGCCGCGCUUUUACGCUCCCGACCUCGAUAUCUGCGGCACGGUGAAUCACCUGACAAAAGAUCCCGACGAGAGUGGCCAGCCUCGUAACGGGCUGAUCGAAGGCGCACGACUCGCGCGCGCCGCCAUCAAGCCACUCUGCGAGUGUAAAGCUUGCGAUAAUGCUGCCUUGAUUAUCCCCGGUGGUUUUGGAGUCGCUCGUACCUUAAGCGAUUUCGCCUCGAAAGGCUGCGAGUGUGUAGUGCUGCCGGAAGUUGAGAGCAUCAUCAAGGACUUCAAUUGCGACAAGAAGCCGAUCGGUGCAAUGUGCAUCGCCUCCGUUAUCAUCGCCAAAGUGCUUCAAGGAGUGAAAGUCACACUGGGAAUGGAUUGUCCAAGAGACAAAUGGGCUUAUGCAGAAGCCAUCGAAAAGGUCAGACAAAUGGGAGCAAAUGUGGAGCUGAAAGACGUCAAAGGCGUCACUCAUUGCAAGCAGUUCAACGUCUACAGUACUCCCGCGUGGAUGGAUACACAAGCGAGUUAUGCCGAUAUUCACGAAGGCAUUGGCAGCAUGAUUACAGGCUUGAGUCAGUGUAUUAAAUGAGC